CCCAGCGUCCCCUCCUCCCCCUCCUCUCCUCCCCCCUCCCCCCUGGCGUCCAGCCCCUUUGUCCUCCUGCGGCUGAGCUGGAGCAGGAGUCCAGGCAGAGCGGCAAGGACACCAGAGCCCGUACUGCCAGGGUGCAGCAGCAGGACGUACAGGAGUGGUCAGGAGAAGAGCAGCAGCUGUAGAGCACCUGUGUGAGGCCAUGGCCAGGAUGCUGGAGGGCCCAGCGCUGGAGGAGUCUGAGCCCGGCUCCCUGGCGCCGUGCGCGGGGUCCUGCCACGCACAGCGCGUUCUACAGACUCUCAACGCGUACCGGCGGAGCGGCACUCUCACAGACGUGGUGCUGCGCGCCGGUGGCUGCGACUUCCCGUGCCACCGCGCGGCGCUCAGCGCGGGCAGUGCCUACUUCCGCAGCCUGUUCGCAGCGGGGCAACCGGAGCGCGGCCUGGCCGUGGUGCCCCUGGCGCCCGUGGCCUCGGAGACGGGGCCGGACGCAGCGGCGGCGCUGGCAGUGGUGCUCGACUACGUGUACGGCGCGGGCGUGCGCCUGCGCGCUGAGGACGAAGCGGCGGCCGUGCUGGCGCUAGCCGAGCGGCUGGGCGUGGUGGGCCUGCGCGAGGCCUGCGCCAGCUUCCUGGAGGGUCGUCUGCGCGCCGCCAACAGUCUGGCGCUGCGCCGCGUGGCCGCCGCCUUCUCGCUUGCCUCGCUGGCCGAGCGCUGUGGCCACGUGCUGCGCCAGGCUUUCGUCGAAGUGGCGCGCCACGCCGACUUCCUGGAGCUGGCGCCCGAUGAAGUAGCGGCGCUGCUGGCCGACCCGGCGCUGGGCGUGGCGCGGGAGGAGGCCGUGUUCGAGGCGGCCAUGCGCUGGGUGCGCCACGACGCGCCGGCCCGCCGUGGGCAGCUGCGGCGCCUGCUGGAGCACGUGCGUCUGCCCCUGUUGGCGCCCGCCUACUUCGUGGAGAAGGUGGAGGCCGACGAGCUGCUUCAGGCCAGCCGCGAGUGCCGCCCGCUGCUGCUCGAGGCCCGUGCCUGCUUCAUCCUUGGCCACGAGGCCGGAGCGCUGCGGGCCCGGCCGCGGAGAUUCAUGGACCUAGCUGAAGUGAUCGUGGUCAUCGGCGGUUGCGACCGCAAGGGGCUCCUGAAGCUGCCCUUCACCGAUGCCUACCAUCCAGAGAGCCGGCGCUGGACCCCACUGCCCAGCCUCCCAGGCUACACACGCUCAGAGUUCGCUGCCUGUGCUCUCCGCAAUGACGUCUAUGUUUCCGGAGGCCACAUCAACAGCCGUGAUGUGUGGAUGUUUAGCACCCCUCUGCACACCUGGAUCAAGGUGGCCUCACUGGUCAAGGGCAGAUGGAGGCACAAGAUGGCAGUCAUGCAGGGGCAGCUGUUCGUGGUAGGUGGCUUUGAUGGUCUUCGGCGCCUGCGCAGUGUAGAACGCUACGACCCCUUCUCCAACAGCUGGGCGGCUGCGGCGCCGCUCCCCGAGGCGGUGAGCUCGGCGGCAGUGGUGUCCUGCGAGGGCAGGAUCUACGUGAUCGGGGGUGCCGGCCAGGACGGUGUCAGCACCAACAAGGUGCAGUGCUUUGACCCCAAGGAGGACAGGUGGAGCCUGCGAUCUCCAGCACCUUUCUCACAGCGGUGUCUCGAGGCUGUCUCCCUUGAGGGCACCAUCUAUGUGGUGGGGGGCCUCAUGAGCAAAAUCUUCACCUAUGACCCUGGCACAGAUGUCUGGGGGGAGGCAGCUGUCCUCCCCAGCCCUGUGAUGAAGAGACCAGCCUUGGAGAGACUGAGGCCUUGCCCAAGGCUGCCAGGUAAGCCAUGCUAAGGUAGAGCAUGGAACCCCAGUUCCAAGUGCUUUAGCCUUGGAUGAGGGUCUUGGUCUAAAUGACCCUGUAGUCUCUUGUCCUGAAGGCCACCAGCUGGGAGCCUGUUGCAGGGAGAUCAAGGUAGAGAAGAGACUUGGUAAGUUCCCCUGCCCUAGUUAUAUCAGAGCAGGGAGGUCCCGGCCCUGGAGGCUCUGGCCCCUGCAUUCCUGGCCUCCCCUAUCUCUUGUACCCUUCCCCGAAACUCCAAAGAAACUACAUAGGGGUAUGGUUGGAUUGGUGGUCCCUGCCAGUUCUGACCUUCAGUGAUUCUAAGAGCUUGAGAUUUCUGGCUUCUCUGAGUCUGAGAUCUCAGGGCAGUAGUGGUGGCAGUGAUGGUGAUGGUGAUGGCUGUCACUGCUCCUGGAGUGCUUACUGUCUUCCUGGCACUAUGUAAAAUGCUUCACUUGCUUAAUACCAUUAACUGUCAUGGCAACCUUAUGAAGAAGGUACGAUUAUUCUUCUUUGCAGGGGAGGAAACUGAGGCCCAGAGAGCUUAAGUGACUUGUCUAAGGCCAUUUAGUAAGGGUUAUGCCAGAGAUUGAACUCAGAUCCACCUAGUUCUUGCCUUUCUGCCAUGCAGACUGCCUGCUUGUAUUCUGUGGGUCAAGGUUUUAUUGUCUGGCCUGGCCCGUUAGGGAUAGAGGGAGCCCCACACUGGACCCCAUAGCUGAUUAUCUUUCUGUUUGUCUAUCCAGGAGAGCUGUGGUGUGACUGUGUGUGACGGGAAGGUCCACAUCCUUGGUGGGCGGGAUGAUCUCGGGGAGAGCACCGACAAGGUCUUCACCUUUGACCCCAGCAAUGGGCAGGUAGAA